AUGGUCCAGUGCUUCGACAUCGAGAACAGAGUAAUUGACAAGCCGUUGGUACAUUGCGGAGCUGAUAAUAUUGUGGUUGAGAUCACCACAGAAAAGCCGUUUCGAGGUCGACUAUAUGUACAGAAUGAAGCUGAAAACAAUCAGUGUCUACAAAACGGCAAGGCCGAGACGUCCAAUCAUGCUCACUUCGAUCUACCCAUCGGUGCCUGCAAUAUGAGGAGGCAAAGGACGUUUUUCGUGACCGGUAUGGAUCGUGCUUUCCAUGUCCGUUGUUUCUUCCUGGAAUCAGUCAAAAGCCUUGGCACUGAGUUCGAUGUCGGCAAAUUGAAAACCGAAUUGGUUGAACAGGAAUAUCAGCUACCGGAUUGCAUGUAUCAGUUACACGAUGGUCCUUCAGGACCAGCAGUUCACUUCGCGCAGGUAGGACAACGUGUCACUCAUCGAUGGAGUUGUGAAGAUGGUAAGAUCUCAGCAGAUACAUACUGCUUACAAUCACGCAAAUCUACCUUUCAUAUUUGUAAGAUUAUGAAAGCCCUGGGAGCCCGUUCGCUUCAAGCAAGCAGGAUCUUGGCAGCACCAUAG